AUGAAGAGCGAUUCCAAUGGCUCUGUCUCUCCUUAUUCUCCCAAACCCAGAACCCGUCUCGUCAGUUCUCGGUUCAUGUCUCCAAACUCGACCGCUUCGCCUGAACCUGGUUCAGGCUCCCCGCUCGGCCGGUUCAACCGAUUGGCGAGGAAAGACUCCACCACUCUCGCCGAUCACAUUGGCAACGAGAGGCUCAAAGAAAGGGAAGAACACCACCAACAUCAGAAUAAGAAACCCACAAACAGAACAGGCUCUGUUUUUUCUGCUCUCACGAAACAGAGAAGCUGCAGGGAGUUCAGAAACAACACCAAUUGCUUAGAAGAAAACAAUCAAGAUCGAGAAGUUGUUGGUAGGACCACGAAGAAUGGUGUCUCCGGAAAGUCUCCUUGUCCUUCUCCUGUGGUGAAGAAAACAAGUUCUUAUUUUGAUCCAGCGAGACACUCUCUGGAUGAGAACACCUUUAAGGGAAGCUUUCUUUGUGCUCAGAAUUCAAUUGAUUCGGAAUCGGAAAAUACGAGUUUGGAUUCUGUCCCUCUGGAAAGAACAUUGAGUUCGAGGAAAUUGGGUAGGGAGGUUUCUUCUAAGUACAUGGCAGCGUGUGGAAGAAGAGGAGAAGCUUCCGAUUCAGACCCUCUGUCUUUUGACGAUUCAUGGAUGAUGAAGAAGAAUAUCACCCAGAAAGCGGUGAAGAAGGCUAAUUCGCUUAUUGGGUACAUGAGUUCCAAGUCUCAGUGGGCAUUGUCUCCAGGGAGAUCAGGAUCACCGGCUUUGUCUUUGGAAAGCAAGGAUAAGCCAUUGUCGUUUUCGAGCUUGAAGCCUCCACACAAGCGAGUGGAGAAGAUUCUGAGCAUGGGUUUUGAUCUCUUCAGGACUAAAAAAUCUUUUUCUACGACUGAGGUGGUUCAUCAGUUGCGUCUGCUUCAUAACCGGUUGAUCCAAUGGCGGUUCGCAAAUGCUAGAGCUCACACUGUCAAUCACUCCAUGUCUCUUCAGGCUCAGGUAUUGCUCACACUAUUCAAUUUUGUAUAG